AUGGGAAAUGAAUGUAAAUGCUUUCAAGCAUAUGAAGAACCAACUUAAACAUUGAUCACAAAGAGUGAGAGAUCAAAUGAAAUACGAAAAUAAUUAAUUAGCGAAAGAAAACUCUUAAAAUAAAGGAGACAUAAUACUGAAACAAUAUAUUAGUCAACCAAUAAUUGUAAUCAAAAAUCAUCAAAGUAAUCUCAAAGAAAUGAUGUCUAAGGUUAAUAUUGUUACUUUUAAAGUAUUAACUCUUAUAAAGAGUUUAAUUCACUCUAAAAUCCUUUCUAGAAAUUUGAACCAAGUUAAUCGUUAUAACAUUAAAUUGCAGAGAAGAAAAAGUCUUAUAGUAAUCUACUUUAUGAUGGAGAUUGGGUAUCUAAUUAGAUCAUAAUAGUUAGGUGAGGUUCGAGAUGGUUUCGGUGAAUAAAUUUGGAAAGAUGGAGCUCGUUAUAUAGGUGAGUGGAGAAAUAAUUAAGCUAAUGGUUAUGGUAUCUUUUAUCAUGUUGAUGGUGAUAUUUAUGAAGGAUUUUGGAAGGAUGAUAAAGCACAAGGAUAUGGAGUUUAUAUGCAUAAAGAUGGAUCUAGAUAUGAAGGCGAUUGGGAUUAAGAUCUUUAUCAUGGAACUGGUUGUGAAAUAUGGGUAGAUGGGAGUAAAUAUGAAGGAUUAUAUUCUAAAGGUAUGAAAAAUGGAUAAGGAAUUUAUAAAUGGCCUGAUGGUAGUGUUUAUGACGGAUAAUGGGAAGAUAAUAAAAUGAAUGGUUUUGGUAAAUAUACAUGGGCAGAUGGAAGAUAUUAUGAAGGUUAAUGGAAGAAUGAUAUGAUGCAUGGUACUGGAAUUCAAAUAUGGCCAGAUGGGAGAAAGUAUGAAGGAAAUUAUGAAUUUGAUAAAAGAAGUGGUUUUGGUAUAAUGGAAUGGAGUAAUGGAAAAAAAUACGAAGGUUAUUGGUUAAAUGGUAAAUAACAUGGUGAAGGUAAAAUAAUAAGUGCAAAUAAUGAAACCAAAGUAUGCUAAUGGAGAAAUGGUUAGAGACUUUGA